AUGGAUCCAGAUGAAGUAGAGUUUUGGGCGGAAAAGUCGCUGGUGGAAAUCGUGCCAACUUUCAACAGUCCAGCGCUGUUUUUGAUUGGUGGGGACGUGGGGCCGUUCAGGGCAACAAUCCCCGUUCGGGUGCCCCUUUGGAUGGCUAUCGACCUUAAGAAACGGCAACAGUGUAAAAUAGUGCCCCCUGAUUGGAUGGACGUUGAUUAUUUGACCAGGCUCAAGGAGGAGGAGAAGGUUAAUGGGUAA